AUGGCGACACUGCGAGAUCUCACUCCACGGCGUCGACAUGAUUUGAGUCCGCUCACGACCUCCCUCGCCGUGAAUCAAUCGCCAUUUCCCACGCAGACGCCCGUCUCGGCCCUCUCCUCGAAUUCGCUGAGUGCCCCGUUUGGGUACCAUCCAGCCACCUACACCCCCGUGAGCGCCGUCCGACAAUACAAUCCACAGCAAUGGACCUCGUCACCGAGCGUGCCUUCAGACAAUAACAACCACUUUAUAAGUCGACCGGAUUCCGAAGCCGCGGUCCCUGCCCCCCCCCCCUAUUCCCCCCCGCGGAGUCAACGCACAUCGACGAUAUCCAACGAAGACCCAGCCGCUGGGGUAUCGCCAGCAACUCGGGUUUCUCCUGUAAAUAUAUACAGAUCAUCCCCGGAACCCGGCUCGACGCAUGCCUUCCCUCCUCCCCCACCGACUCGGACUCGAGCCGGUUCGAGUGAUAGACCACCCAACUUGUUCAGUGGCAUAUCUGCUUUCACAAGGCGGCCGGGCCCAGAAGUACAACGGGCUUCCCCAGAGAUCAAUGCGGCUCCGCAGUUCACGGAACACCGGCCGGUGCCAAUUGUCACUGAAUCUUUAUACUCUGAAGUUGGUCAGGUAAACUCUCGCCCACCAGCCUCCAGAAGAGCGGCCUCUGCCGGAGCGACAAGCACACCAUCAUCCUCACGCGGGUCAUCAUCAUCAAGAUGGGAACCCGGCAUGCCGCUACCUCCUCCUCCCCCAGGUCCCCCUCCUCCACAAUCAAGAUCUCAAAGCAUGUCUCGAUCAACAGAUCGAAUAUUGUCUCCCCCUACUCGACGGCCUGGUCCUACAUCAAAUUUGGGUCCAGUACCACCCACUCCUGCUGGUUGGGUGGAUGAGGAUACAUCUGGAAGAGGGAGAUCCCCCAACAGGGGACUCACAAUUGAUACCUCAAGCAUUAGCUCUAGUAUAAAUUCCGGCACAGCCGGCGAGUCCAACUCCGGUUCAAGUUCAUCGGGCCUGGCGAGAUCGGGACACGUGAGAGGCGAAUCUAAAAGUAUACGAGAAAGGAGGAACGAGAGCAAAGCUAGGAGAACUGCCUCAUCUGAGGAACCCUCAAACAAUCCUUGGCACGAGGCUAUCACUCCAGCGGAUAUAGCGGUACCAUCAACGACCCUUGGCCGAAGACCGACCAUAAAUAAAUCAACUCCAAGAAGCUCUAGGUUCCCCGGUGGAAGUGGACAGACCCCAAAAUCGGCCGAGAUGUCCCAUCUGAACACACCGAAAUGCGAUACAGCUGGAUCAAGGGGAUCUACUCCUCGCCCGAUGGCCUCGUCAAGCCGGCUUGAAGCUCCAACACCUCCAUUCUCUCCGGGUCCAUCCAACGCCGUAUUUGGCGAAGAUUCUCCCGCCAUCCCACCCAAGGCAUUGCCCACCCCACCACCGCAAGCUCGUACGUCAAGCACUGGAGCUGCUAUGACCGGGCCCAUGGCUCACUCGAGGUCGGGAUCACGCCAAUCGAGCACAAGCGAUCCGUCUGAGCAAUUUGCUCGUAGUGCAAUCGAAAGACACAAGGCUUUCGCACAGAGGGAGGCCACGGCCACGACUGACAGUGAACGUGUACGCAUAUUCGCCGAUUUCAUCGUCGCUGAAUCCCGACUUCGACGCGAGAGAUACGCAACUGCGAUUGACGCAAUGGGUUCCGAAAUACUUGAGCUAACACGGGAUCUAUUUCGACCGUAUAGCAAGUCACGUAGGACAUCAAGCGCUUCACGUUCGGCUGCAUGGACACCAGAGUCCUCCAAUCCGCCCAUGUCUCCUACAAUGAGAUCUCAUAGAGGCUCGUUAAUGGCUGCCUUACAUGAUAGUCCCCAGCUUCAGACAGAGCCGACCCCCGAAUCUAGCUGCUCAUCUCCAGCAGCGGGGCGACCAGAUUCAACUUGGUGGAAAGGUUAUAUGCCAUCCUUGUCACCAAUUCCUAGUAUGAGCGUUAGUGAAGCCCUAGACGGGUCUGAUUCUCGGGGCCGGCCUUCGAGUCGAUGGUGGGAGGUUAGCCAGGAAGGCUCAACAGGGACUCCAUCAAUGAGACUUGAAAGAUCGAAACGUGAAUCGAAGUAUAUGGGGAUGCCACGGGAGCUUCGAGAAGCUUUGCAGAAUGGGGAUACCUCUACUUUAGACAAGGGUAAGGGCAUAGCAAUUACGGGCCCAAGCGAUCAGAAAGUGUACGGUCAAAACGAAUACCCACCAGAGAAGGCCGGUUGGCAUGAACAGGAUUCAACACCUCCUACGUCCCAACAAGCAAUCUGCAGAUCUUCUGGCACUUUCUCGCCGGCACUUAUCACGCCCAACCCCAAUCACCUAGACGUCUCCCGGUUGGUAACACUUCCACCGCCAUAUCCUCGUCACCACCCAGCCGUCAAUAACAACCAUCCUGAUCUGACCUCCAUCCGGACUUCUGUCCGUAGCCUUAGCGACUUUGUCGAAGUAGAAGCGACCAAAGAUCGCUUCAUCAAAUCGUCGACGCAAAUCCGCGAAGACCAUGCAGCAGCAGCAUCGAAACGCCGAAACUCUCUCCGAGUCAAUAUCCAGCGCGAGAUCGCCUCAGGAAACAUGUCAUAUGCCGAUGCUGCAAAGAUCGAGGGGGCUUCCGAGCAGUCUGAGCAGGAGAAGACCAAAGAGGCAUCAAAAGCAGAUUUCGAGCUCUUCCAGGCACAGGUUGUAAUGCCCUUGAAUGACUUACUCAUGGAUCGAGUGACGCGUUCCACGGAGCUAUUUGAACAGCUUCGCUCGAAACUCUUCGUAGACGCGCAGGAGCAAAGCCCGAAUCUGACACAAGAAGAAGGCGACGAGCAGCCUGAACUGCUGGAAAAGCUUACACUGCUGAAAUGGAUCUUUGAGGCAAGGGAACAAUUGCAUAGGGAAUUAUUUGACUUACUGUCCGACCGCAAUGACCGCUACCGCGACAUGGUCAUCACGCCGUAUCGCCUUGCCGGCAACCAGGAGAAGGUAAAACACGCAGAGGACUUCUUCUCGGAAGAUGCGGGGAAGAGGAAAUCUACAUUCGAGCAGGAGGUGCUCAAGCGCACGGAGGAGUUCCUGGAUAUCAUUGAGGAGAACGUCGUCCGUGGUGUCGAAGUGCAGCUUAGUGCCUUCUGGGACAUUGCUCCGAACCUCAGUCGGAUUACGGAGAACAUCCCGGGGGACUUGACGGGGUUCAAUAUCCAAAUCCCGUCCGCGGAGUAUGAGGAGAACCCCAGCUAUUACCAUUUCCCGAUGCAGUAUCUGUACAGCCUCCUUGGCCACUGUGAGAAGAGCACGUAUCAGUUUAUCGAGAGUCAGACGAACCUGCUAUGCUUGUUACAUGAAGUCAAGAGCGGUGUCACCAUCGCUAAUUGCCGGCUGAUGAGGUCGCAAAGAGUUGCGCAGGGCGAAGAGGAGGGCGAAGUGGAUACCGAGUUAAAGGAGGUGGAGCAGGACGAGGAGGUGCGGUUGACGGACGACCUGAAGGAGAAAGUCCGGUGCGUAGAGGAGCAGUGGAGCAGCGCCCUCGGCACGGAGCUAAAGGAAGUAAAAGAAAGAAUUACUCGAUUCCUAGUGGAGCAAGGAGGCUGGGACGACGACCAAUGA